AUGUUUGCGCGGCUAUCUCACGCCGCAAGACAUCGCUUACCCAUCGCCUCAUCUUCCUCUUUCAUCUCUCAAUCUCUCGUCCGCCCAACCCUCUUCACCUUGAAAAUGUCAGCAACCGGUGACCGGACGAUCAAGACGGCGGCAUGCCUGAUUAUUGGCGAUGAAGUUCUGGGUGGAAAGAACUUGAAACGCAUCGAGGUCAUUGAAGACGAUGAGAGUGAAAUCGUGGAGGCCGUGAGCCGAAUGAGCAACCGCUAUGACUUUAUCGUUACCAGCGGAGGCAUCGGACCAACACACGACGACAUCACCUACCCAUCCAUCGCCAAGGCCUUCGGACUCCCCCUCAAGCUCCACCAAGAGACCUUUGAGAAGAUGAAGAAACUAUCAAAGCCCAAUCCGAAGCAGCCGAACUUUGACUGGAACGUCGACUCCCCAGCUCUCAGGGCGAGGCUCCGCAUGGUCGAGCUCCCGACAGACGAGUCGCGCGACCUCGGCGAACAAGUCAUCUUCCCGCACGAAGACCUGUGGGUUCCCGUUGCGGUUGUCAACCGAAAUGUGCACAUCCUUCCCGGAGUACCGCUGCUUUUCCAGAGACUCCUGGAUGGAUUGAAGCCCCACGUUCUCCCCAGACUAGUCGAUCCCGAAGGCAAAGGAAUCCAUCGCAUCAUGAUAUCCACGCCGCUGCCGGAGAGUUCCGUCGCCGAAUACCUCACCACGUUGGCGGCUAGAGUCGAGUCUCACGGCGUCAAAGUAGGAAGCUAUCCGCGAUGGGGCAGGAAGCGAAAUACAGUCACAUUGGUUGGAAGGGACCAAGCCUAUCUCGAGAGUCUUGUAGCUGAGGCGGAAGAAGCAGUCCAGGGCAAGCGAGUUUCCAAAGAGGACGAGCUUGACGAGCCUGCCGACAAGACAGAGAAGAAGCUGUAA